AUGGUUUUAAAAAAAAGAAAAUUUAUAAACACGGUAGAAUAUGAUAGUAAUGAGAAUUUUCGUAAUAAAAGAAAUCCACGAAAAUAUCGUAAUAAAUCUAAAAAACGAGAUAACCAUUUCAAUUAUGACGAUAGCUUUGAUAAAUCCUUUGACUCACUAAAAUACAAUAACCGUCAUCAUAAUCCAUAUGACAAAACAGAGCGUUAUGAUUACUACUUAACGGAACCUAAUGAAUACGACCAAACAUACCCUGAAAUUGUGUCACAUUGCAGUAAACCAAGAAAGAGAACUACUCUAUCUAACCUGAUCUAUUUUUUGAAAAAAAUGGAUUCAAAUUUUGAGGUAGCAUUGUUACGUUCCUUGAAAUAUAAUGCCAUUACUAACGACGUCUCAGUUAAACAUAAGAGUAACUUUGGCAAAUUACUACACUAUAUAAACAAUCAUAAAAUACUGCUUCCACCCUUUGCCUUCAUCAUAUCUUCUUUUGCACUUAUAGCUUUACGAAUGGUAGGCAUUAUAGUGACAACUUACUAUUUGGUUAAGCUUAAAAAGUGCAAUAGUAUGAGUAAAUAUUACAGAAAAUGUAAGUUGGUGGGUAAAAACGUAGAUUAA